AGAGUGAAGGCGGUGAGAGAAGCAUUUCUCGGUCUCAUCAUCAUGUGAAAUGAAAACUGCUGUGAGCUAGUUGAAGAAGAAGAAGAUGCGAUGUCACUCCAUAAACAACUUCUGUGAAGAAGAAGAAGAUUCGCUUAUCCGAUCUUCCAGGUUUUGAGUUCUACGCUUUCUAUCAUCUUUCAAUCUCCGAAAUAUGGAGAUCUUAUGGCCUUUGAUCGUUAUCGGAUUCGCUUAUGCAAUCUGUCGCUUCCUACUCAUGCUUAUACCUCCCAAUGUACCUUCAAUCGAUGUCGAUGCUUCUGACAUGCUAGAUGACGGUAGUCAGACGAAGGAGAACAGCUACAUUUAUAUUCCUUCGAAAAGGCAGACGGACAAAGUUCAGUGUUAUGAACCUGCAACAAUGAAAUAUCUAGGCUAUUUUUCAGCAUUGAAGCCAGAUGAGGUGAAGGAACGUGUAGCCCAAGCUAGGAAGGCACAAAAGACGUGGGCAAAAAGUAGCUUCAAGCAGAGACGUCAGUUUUUGCGGAUUCUCCUGAAAUACAUUAUCGAGCAUCAGAAACUUAUAUGCGAAAUCUCAUCACGUGAUACUGGAAAAACAAUGGUAGAUGCCUCUUUGGGGGAGAUAAUGACCACAUGCGAGAAAAUCACUUGGCUUCUAUCCGAGGGGGAAAGAUGGCUAAAGCCUGAAUACCGGUCAUGUGGUAGAUCAAUGCCUCACAAGAAGGCAAAAGUGGAAUUUUACCCACUUGGUGUAAUUGGUGCUAUUGUCUCAUGGAAUUACCCCUUCCACAACAUACUAAAUCCAAUGCUAGCAGCAGUCUUUUCAGGAAAUGGUAUUGUCGUAAAGAUUUCAGAACAUGCUAGUUGGUCUGGAUGCUUCUAUAUUAGAAUCAUUCAAGCAGCCCUUGAAGCUGUUGGAGCUCCAGACAAUUUGGUUGAUGUGAUUACAGGAUUUGCCGAAACAGGAGAAGCACUUAUAUCUUCAGUUGACAAGAUUAUAUUUGUUGGUUCCCCUGGCGUUGGUAGAUUGAUCAUGAAGAAUGCUUCUGAGAAUCUCACACCUGUAACACUUGAACUUGGAGGGAAGGAUGCAUUUGUGGUUUGUGACGAUGUAGAUGUGCCACAUGUUACCCAAAUUGCUGUAAGGGCUGCGCUUCAAUCAAGUGGACAGAAUUGUGCUGGGGCUGAGAGAUUUUAUGUGCACCAAAACAUUUAUGCUGAAUUUGUUGCUGAAGUGGUGAAAAUAGUCACAUCUGUCACUGCUGGCCCGCCUCUGGGUGGGAAGUAUGACAUGGGAGCCAUAUGCAUGCAAGAACACUCAGAAAGACUUAGAAGCAUUGUAAACGAUGCAUUGGAAAAAGGUGCUGAAAUUGUUGGAAGGGGAAGUGUUGGAAACAUAGCUGCUGGUGCUGUUGACCAGUACUUUCCCCCCACUGUAAUUGUGAAUGUGGACCACACUAUGAAGCUGAUGCAGGAAGAGGCUUUUGGUCCAAUAAUGCCAAUAAUGAAAUUCAGCAGUGAUGAUGAGGCAGUUAAGCUUGCGAAUGACUCGAAAUAUGGCCUUGGCUGUGCAGUGUUCUCUGGCAAUCAAAAACGUGCUAAGCUGAUAGCAUCCAAGUUACAUUGUGGAGUUGCUGCAAUUAAUGACUUUGCAUCUAGUUAUAUGUGUCAGUCCUUACCAUUUGGUGGAGUGAAAGACAGUGGAUUUGGAAGAUUUGCUGGUGUAGAAGGAUUGCGUGCAUGCUGCCUGGUGAAAGCAGUUGUUGAAGAUAGAUGGUGGCCAUAUGUAAAAACCAAGAUACCCAAGCCCAUCCAGUAUCCAGUUGCGGAGAAUGGGUUUGAAUUUCAAGAAUCGCUUGUGGAAGUUCUGUAUGGGUUAAACGUGUGGGAUCGGUUGAGGGCAUUGGUAAACGUGUUGAAGGUUUUAACCGAACACAACACUCCAGCUACCAAUAAGAAGAGUAACUGACUGAACUACUACUACUACUAAUACUGAAGUUGAUCAGUUUGAUUAUUAUGCAUGCACAUUGUUCAACCUCAUUCAGAUAGAGAUCAAACUUCUUAUCAUUGCCAAAAUUAUGUCCUACUUUAAGGGCAUGUGCCAUAUUGGUUAUUUUUGGAUUUUGUCAAAAAAAAAAAAUUCCUAUGGGUAAAAAAAAGUAGGUUAUUUGGGUUUUUAA